AUGAUAUACUUGUUUACUAGUACUUACAUAUGUGAUCAUCAAUCGAAUUUACAUCCAGAUUGUUCAAUGUACAAGUUUUCAGCUUAUUUGUUUGUUUGUUUGUUUGAUUUCGAUUAUAAAUUAUAUCACUUAGACAGAAUCAGUAUUAUAAUUGAUAACAACAAAAACAGAAUGUUGUUAUUAAUCUCUACCUUAAUGUUUUUUGUAUUGAAUGAGAUUAAUAGUUUAAAGUGUGAAGAAUAUGCUAAGAUGUCCAUCUUGAAUACGGACCCACCUGACUGUCAUUUUCUUUGUGAACUUUGUACUUCAACAGUAAAUGCUACUAAAUACAUAAUGGAUAAUGAACCAUUUAUACCGAAAAUACUUAAGAAUUUUAUGCCAAUUUGUUAUAUGUUACCAAAGUUACAAUAUCGGAAAAUUUGUUAUCAUCUUGUAGACGGUGGUGCAGUUGAUAUAAUUCAUGAAUUGGUGAAUAAAAUUAAUGAAAAUAACUUUUGUUUUCAUAUUGGAUUAUGUCAUAAUACAAUUCCAUGCCCAAGCUUUCAAAAGACAAUGACCUGUUUGAAGAAUACAGUUUACGGAGAACCUAUUGAGAGUUCUGUAAAUGAUUUUGAACAAUUGGAAUGCCAAUUAAUUUGUGAAACUUGUGUUAUGAAUGUUCGUGGUAUUCGAUGGUUACUUUUGCAAAGUUAUACACGAAAGAUUGCAGCUGAACUAUUAUCUGUAAUGUGUAAUUUUCUUCCAUAUAAACAACCUCGUGCUCAAUGUAAACGUUUCUUUAAAGGACCAUUUGAUGGGAUAGUUCAUGAUUUUGUUGUAAACAUGAGCGUUUAUGAACCAUGUCAAUAUCUUGGACUUUGUGAAACAGUUCAACAAGAAUUGAUGGCAAGCCUAGAUGAUUCAUUCUAUACCAAUCUGUUGAUGAAAACACUAAGCAUAUUGAAAGAAGAUAUAGAGUCAAUUAUUACACCAGAGUUUAUUGAACAAUCAGCUACAAAACUUUGUUCUUCUGAUCAAAAGUGUAUAAAAGCUUUCGAGAAAUCUGCUGUCGGUCUCAUCAAAGUUAUUUAUAAAAAUUCAAAAGGUGAAUGGUUUUCAGACGAUUUUCAAAACUAGGUUAACCGUUUUUCACUUCAGUUAUUAUUCAUCAUUAUGUUUAAACCAUUCGGGGACAUUUCUUUGGAUAAGUAAAUAAAUAUUUAAUUCGUAAA